UUUUUUUUUUUUUUUUUAAUGCAUCCCUAUUCUUUUCUACUUUUGGAGUUUUAUUCAUACCAUUGAACAAUAAAGCCAACUUUUUUGUUUUGCACAAAGUUACACUGCAUAAAACUCAACUAUUUCAUCCAUCAACCAUGGUAGAAAAGCGCUUACAAAAUUUAUACGUGGCUCGAUUAGUGACGAGCGAAAGACCUUGUUUUGUAUGCAAUAAAUUCACUCAUGUUGUUCUUACAUCAGCCGAUGGUAGCAAUGCCGAUUGGUUUUACACCUGUAAAAGUCAUUUAGGCGACUUUAAUUUUUGUUCAAAAAUAGGUGGAACCUCACCCAAAACAACAGCGAAACAACAGCAAGAAAAGAAGGAGGCUUCGUUAGCCAAUAGACCACCUGAAAGUGACAGUAUUGUAGACUUGGUAUCCAAUAUAGGGUCUGCAUGGAAAUCAUGGCGUGCUUCGUCCUCAAAAAAGUCCGAAGCAGAAGAGAAGGAAAAAGACGACAAAAAGCCAGAGAAUGAUAAUGAGAAGGACAAUGAGAAAAAGGAAAAAGGAACGGAAAAGGAUGACGCUUCUUCUACUACUUCGACAGUGACAAAGUCACCAGCAGCGUCACCUUCGCCGUCUUCAUCACCUCAACAGCCUGUGCGCUUUGUCAUUCAACGUGAUUAUUUCUUUUUGCGUCAACGCGAAUAUAUGAAGAAACAACAAAAGAAAGAGGCCAGCGAAAAGCUAAAGACAUUACAGUUUCCAGAAGUGCCUAAAACGAUACCUAUAAAUAAAGAUAAUACCGCAACGGACUGAUAUGUGCAG